AACCCAGCCGGUCUUCGGGUCUGCAUCAUCUUCGCUGAGAUUUUCGAUCGCGGAAGAUCCAUCCAACAGAUACUCGUUAUAAAGAUGCGGAUGUGCUCACCGAUGUGGCUGCAGCUGGCCAUGUGCCUCGCCUGGCUGAGUGCUGUGUCAUUGCAGCAACUGCAAUCAUUUCCCAAGCUCUGCGACAUCCAAAACUUUGAUGACUUUCUGCGGCAAACGGGCAAGGUGUAUUCGGACGAGGAGCGGGUCUACCGUGAAAGUAUCUUUGCCGCCAAGAUGUCCCUCAUCGCCCUGAGCAACAAGAACUCCGACACCGGUAUCUCCAGCUUCCAGCUGAGUGUGAAUCCUCUGGCCGAUAUGACCAAGAAGGAAAUCGCCACCCUGCUGGGAUCCAAGAUCUCUGAUCAUGGAGAAAAAUACACCAAUGGCCACAUUAACUUCUUAACUGGACCGAGGACCUCCAAUGUUAAUCUGCCAGAGAAAUUCGACUGGAGGGAGAAGGGUGGAGUGACCCCGCCUGGUUUCCAAGGUGUGGGCUGUGGAGCCUGUUGGUCUUUCGCCACCACUGGAGCCCUCGAGGGUCACAUCUUCCGGCGCACGGGCAUCCUGCCCUCGCUCUCGCAACAGAAUCUGGUGGACUGUGCCGACGACUACGGAAACAUGGGCUGCGACGGUGGUUUCCAGGAGUACGCCUUCGAGUACAUUCGUGAUCACGGCAUCACUCUGGCCAACAAAUACCCGUAUACCCAGUCGGAGAUGCAGUGCCGUCAGAACGAGACUGCCGGACGUCCACCACGUGAGAGCAUCGUUAAGGUGCGGGACUAUGCCACCAUCACACCCGGAGAUGAGGAGAAGAUGAAGGAGGUGAUUGCCACCCUGGGUCCCCUGGCCUGCUCCAUGAAUGCCGACACCAUAUCCUUCGAGCAGUACGGCGGUGGCAUCUACGAGGACGAUGCCUGCAAUGCUGGCGAGGUCAACCACUCGGUCACGGUGGUUGGUUACGGAUCUGAGAACGGACGGGACUACUGGAUCAUCAAGAACUCGUACUCCCAGAACUGGGGUGAAGGUGGCUUUAUGCGUCUGCCCCGUAAUGCCGGUGGAUUCUGCGGAAUCGCCAGCGAGUGCAGUUACCCCAUCCUGUAGGCUCUCUACCCACUAAGGUUAGCUUAUAGUUUAGUCAAUUACAAACCACGAAUUUAUAACUUUGUUACUCUAGUUUGUAGCUUUCCAGUAAAUAAAGAAUAAUGAGCCUAA